UGCGCUGCCGAAGCCCGUCCCUCAGCAGACGAGAGAAAGACGUCAGAGGAGAAAGACGUCGGCCGGGAACUCCUCCUUUUGAUAAAUCAUUUACUUCUCUGGGCUGCCUUAAGCUCCAGACAAACGCAGAUAUGGUGAAAGUUGAUAUAGAGUAUUGUGGUGGAUGAGGGUACGCCCCCCGCUAUGAGGAACUGGCUCGUGUCAUCCGAUCAAAGGUUCCUCAGGCGGAAGUUAUUGGGGCUGUUGGGAGGAGAAGUUCAUUUGAAGUUACCAUCAAUGGAAAAGUAGCUUUCUCUAAGCUCAGCCGUGGAAAGUUCCCAGAUUUUGAGGAGGUGGCAGAAGCUGUGAAAAAUGCAGAAUCUGGGGGUGAAGUUCAGACUGUAGAGAAAUGCCAGGCGUCACAAUGCACCAUUAUUUAGUGUGGCUUUUGAAGCUGUACAGGUGGUGGUCCCUUGUGACAAGACAGACACUUUACAUCAUUAUUGUCUGAUAUGAACUAACAUUUAUCACAAAAUGGAAGCUGUGCUAAGAAUAUAGAAUUUACUGAUUUUUCAUUUCUAUAUGAAGAGAAUGGUGUAAAUCAUUAAACUACCUUUCUUGGAAGAUCACAAACAUGAAAGCUCAGUAGAUAUCUGUGUUUCUAACAUGGUUAUAACUUGUUAUAAAUAUAUUUUUAAAAAUCU